AUGACUGCUCAGCUGCUUGCUGGGAUCACUGGGUACAAAGGAGACACAAACACAGGAAUUCCCAUCCCUAUGGGCACCUGUGAAUACCCUGGAAUAUUUGUAGCAUCAGGACCGUGUGUGACACUCUCUCCACCUCCCUGCAGGAGUGUCAAGGCCAGCCACAUUCUGAUUUCUACAGAUGGGAAGGUCUACCUGUCCGGUCUACGCAGCAACCUCAGCAUGAUCAGCCAUGGGCAGCGGCAGCGUGCAGUCCAUGAUUUUCCAAAAUACAGUGUCAAGGUCCUGCCGUGGCUCAGCCCAGAAGUUCUCCAGCAGAAUCUUCAGGGUUAUGAUGCCAAGUCUGAUAUCUACAGUGUGGGGAUCACAGCGUGUGAACUAGCUAAUGGCCAUGUCCCCUUCAAGGAUAUGCCUGCCACUCAGAUGCUGCUGGAGAAGCUGAAUGGCACAGUGCCCUGCCUCCUGGACACCAGCACCAUCCCAGCCGAGGAGCUGACCAUGAGCCCCUCACGUUCCAUUGCCAACGACAGCCUGGCCACUGGCAGCCUCCGGCCUUCCAACGGUGACUCGCCUUCCCACCCGUACCACCGAACCUUCUCCCCCCACUUCCACCACUUUGUGGAGCAGUGCCUUCAGCGCAGCCCUGACGCAAGGCCGAAUGCCAGCACCCUCCUGAACCACUCCUUCUUCAAGCAGAUCAAGCGACGUGCCUCAGAGGCCUUGCCCGAAUUGCUUCGCCCUGUCACCCCUAUCACCAACUUUGAGGGCAGCCAGACUCAGGAUCACAGUGGACUCUUUGGCCUGGUGACAAACCUGGAAGACCUGGAGGUGGAUGACUGGGAGUUCUGAGCCAAUGCAGCCUGCAUCCUCCAGUGGGGGUGGGGUGUGAGCCCUGGGGGCCCUUCCUGAGGAUCAGCACCUACCUCUGGGUGCAGACUGGGUAGAAAGGACAUUAUGCUGGCAGAGCUGGCUGCCCGCUGCUUGAAAGGACAUUCUGAAGAGACUUCGCUGUUUUUGUGGCUUUUGAGACACAGGGAGUCCCAGUCACCAGGGACUUGGAGAGACCGGAAAGCUGACAUCCUGUUCUGUGAGCUGGGGACCUCCUUAGAAGGAAGAGACACUGCUUUAGCCCCGAGGCUGAAGUCCAAGCCCAGAACUUAACUCAGACCCAGGGACCCUUCACUUCCUCUUCCCUGCACUUGCUCUCCUCCCAGGCUGUUCACUCAUCUUCUGUGCUCCCAGAGCCUGUAUGGGCUAAAUGGGGGACAAGUCCUAAGCAUCCUGCCCCUGCCCUCAGGCAUCUCCCCAGUUUUCUGUCUUUAAGCACCAGGGCCGGGUCAUCCUCAUCCCCACCUCUUUCUUGGGCCCUGACACCUGAAACCUCUUAGCUCGGCUGUCUGUUACACUCCUUCCCAAGAAUCCGCCAAUGCCCCUGCCAGCUGCUGCCUUGGUGCCUCCUCCAAGGGCCAUAAAUGUCUUGCCUUGUCUGAGGGCUUGAGUAAGUCUUACGUUGUGUUAGUUUCAUUGUCAGAACAAAUUAAAAAUUUCAGAGUAUGUUA